AUGUCAUACUCUCCGCCUUUCCGAACGAGCACGACUGCUGGCCGUGCAAUGGACAAGAUGCUUGCCGAGGACUGGAAGGAGAUUGAAGCGAAGGAAGGCGUUCUGACAGCAGAGGAGACGCCUGCCCAGCGUAAGCAGGAGGAUAAAUACCGCAACGCGCACAAACACCAACCAAAAGGCGAUGUUCCAUGA